AUGGCAGAGUUACAAAACGGUGAGCCACCGAGAAGGUUCAUGCUGGAUGAUGAGAACACGUUCGGCCAGUUUACAGGUACUGAACGGUGGCCCAUCAUUGUGCAGAACGCCGUGGACGACGUCGAGGCUGCUGUAGCUUCUGCUGCGGGUCCCCUGGCAAGGGAGCAGGCUGGUGUGAUUCACAGACAACUUCUGUCGUUGAAGCAGGAGAUCAUGGCGAAAGGUCCACUGAGACCAUUCUCCCAAGAGGAGGUUCAAAAAGCUGAUAUUCCAGGGUCCCUGAACGAGUACUUGGAGCGGGACCCCAAACACGCCGGGUUCUCAUGGGGACACUCAGAGUGGCUGUACACGGAAAUUUACUUGUACUGGCGGAUCCAUGUGCUGUUUGCGCUGCAAUCUGAAUGGUCACACUUCGACGUGUUCAACAAGUUGAAGCAGUCGACGUUCAAGGCGUCGCAGCACGGUGUCGUCGAGUUGGCACACCGGUACGCUAACUUGAAACCACAGCUGAUGCAAUUGGCUGCACAGGGCGCCGACAGGUCCACUCUGCAAGUGCUAUUCAAGGAGUUUGUGGAGAUCUCCCUGUGGGGGAACGCCACGGACCUGUCCCUUCUCACCAACGCAACGCUGGAGGACAUCAAGUCCAUCCAGGGCGCCAAAGCACGGCAGGCAUCCGAGGCAAAGAUCCUCGUCAACGACACGGACCGCGCAUUGGACCAGCUUCUGCAGGAAUCCUCAGGUGACCAACAGGUGGACUUCGUCCUGGAUAACUCCGGGUUCGAGUUGUACGCGGACCUUAUGCUCGCAGCGUUCCUACUGCACACGGGGCUAGCAAGCAAGUGUGUCUUCCACGCAAAGGCGAUCCCAUACAUGGUCUCAGACGUCAUGGUCAAGGACCUUGACGUCUUGAUCGCGGACCUCCGUGACAGACAAUUCUUCCCCUGCGACUCGCAGGAGGACGCCGCCGCAAUGGACUUGUUCGCCGCGGACAUCGAUGCGUUCCGCAACUCCAAUGCACUCACCAUUGAGUCACACCCCUUCUGGACUACAGACCUGGACUACUGGCACAUUGACCCGGUGCAAGGGCAACACGGCGGCGCAGAGGUCCAUUCGACACUCGCACAGUCAGCGCUCGUUAUCUUCAAGGGUGACCUCAACUACAGGAAGCUCACGGGGGACAGGACUUGGCCCAGAACGACCCCCUGGGGGGUAGCCAUCGGACCGCUCGCCCACAACGGCGUCACAUUGCUCUCGCUCAGAACUUGCAAAGCUGACGUCCAAGUCGGACUCGAACCGGGCGUCGACGAAAGACUCUCGCAACUCUGGGAGAGGGACCACCCUGGCAAGGGAAGCUGGUGGUCCUCCAGCGGUAAAUGGGCGGUCAUUUGCUACUCUUCUGGUGAAUGA